AUGCAGUCAGUUGCAAUUGGAAUCUCAGCACUGCUGUUUCUGCUCCCCGUCCCCGGAUCAUCGCAAUAUCUGGACGGAAGGUGCGGACUCCUGCAGAAUGGGAAGAUCGCGGAUAAUAUCUCCAGUCCGUGGAUGGCUUAUAUACACACUUCGGAAUUGAUAUACGUGUGCGGCGGAACUGUGAUAACUGAAAAAUUAAUUCUGACUGGAGCGCAUUGCACAACGGCCAACGAACAAUUAGUGGUUCGUGUGGGAGAGUUUAUGGAAGCAGAUGAUGGCGAUGGCUCGAUAUUAUCAGAGCACCAAGUAAUCCAAACCUUUGUACAUCCCUUAUACAAUAUGACUGCAAACGCCAAUGACAUAGCGAUUCUCGGUUUGGGGAAGGAUAUUGUGUUCUCAAAAACCAUUAGGCCUAUUUGCAUAAUGUGGUGGACAAUGUGGAGAGAUUAUGUCGACCGCAUCCAGGUGCUAAGCGGUGCACGGUGGGGUCAGCCCAAGGAUCGAAAUGAAAGCUAUGCAUUUAGCAUUGCGGACAUCAGACGGCAACCAGCAAAUAUGUGUUCCAUCUUGAAUGGCACUGCACUUUUGAGCAGCCAGUUCUGCGCAGGAGACUCGGAUACAAAACUGUGCAACGUAGACUUUAGCAGUCCCCUGGGAGCCAUUAUAACCUUCAACAAACUCAAGCGCUUUGUCCUAAUCGGCAUUGCAACCACCAACCAAAGCUGUAAUAGGGCCAGCGUUUAUACGGAUGUCCUGAGCUACACCGACUUCAUCCUUUCAGUGUGGCGGCAGUACCGCAAAGGUGAAGGACAACCUUCUCAGCGUGUGCCUGCAUUCACGAACGCGUCCACUUUGACGGAGGAGGUCCUGCGAGAGAAAGGAAGGCCUCCGAAACUUCCGGAAUAUCCCGAUUUUGUUUGA